CACCACCCUUCCAUCUAUACCCUCAACAUGUCCGCCGCUGAUCUCACACCCGAAGCACGCCAGCCGCUCGACCUCGCCGCCGAGCGGGCGCGCAGCCGCCUCGACGCCGGAGCGCUGGCCGCCGUCUUUGCCGGCGGUGCGGCGGCGCGCGACCGUGCCCGCUGGCUCCUCUCGCUGCUGCGCGAUGAUCCCGCUGCUGCCUUUGACAAGCAGCAGCGCGCCUUUCAGGGGCGGUACGAGCGCUUCAUGCACGGUCAGCAGCUGGCGGCCAAGUACUUCGAGCUGCGCAACCGGCAUGGCCUCGCAAAGGAGGACCGCGACCGCCUGCGCCUCUACCUCGACGAGUACAUCUCGCUGCAGGUGCACGAGUCCAUGGGCCAGCCGACGAUCCAGUCGCAGGCCAGCGAGGCGCAGUGGCGUCGCUGGGGCAAGCACAUCGAGUCGGGCCGCUGGCUGACGUGCUACGCCCAGACGGAGCUCGCACACGGAUCCAACCUGUCCGGCCUGCGCACCACCGCCACGUACGACACGUACAGCAACAAGUGGGAGAUCCAUACGCCUGAGCCGUCGGCGGGCAAGACGUGGAUCGGCGGCUCAGGCAGCUCGGCUACGCACGCCGUCGUGAUGGCGCAGAUGUGCAUCGGCGGCAAGCAGCUCGGCAUGCAUCCCUUCCUUGUGCCGCUGCGCGACCCCGACACGCACGAGCUGCUGCCGGGCGUCGAGGCAUUCGACAUGGGCCCGAAGGUUGGCGCGCCGGCGAUGGACAAUGGCUACAUCACCUUUACGCGCGUCAAGAUCCCGCGCACCAAUCUGCUCGACCGCUUCCAGGUGGUGCAUCCGGAUGGACGCUACGAGCAGCGCAACAAGGAAGGCAAGGCGCUGACUCGCGGCGGCAUGACGCUCGUGCGUGUUGGCCUCGUCGAGAUUGCCGCACACCACGCCGCUCGCGCUACGGUCAUCGCAAUGCGCUACGCCGUCGUACGUCGCCAGGGCUCUAGCUCGACCCUCGGCGGCCUCGAGCCGCAGAUCAUCGACUAUGCGGGCCUGCAAGCGCGCCUCUUCGUCUGCCUCACCACGUCGUGGGCGCUGACGCUGACGGGACAGCACAUGCGACGCGUCUACAACGACUUGCAGGCCGAGCUGCAGGCAGGCCAGUCGAGCGGCCUCCUCGGCAUCGUGCACGGCAUGACGAGCAUCCUCAAGGCCUGCGCCACGCAGGAGGGCCUCGCGGUCGUCGAGACGGCGCGACGCAGCAUGGGCGGGCACGGGUACUCGGCGGCCAGCGGCCUGGCGGAUCUGGAGCGCAACCAGCCGACGGCGAAUCUGACGUACGAGGGCGACAACAACAUGCUGCUCGGCGGACCGGCCGCAAACUUCCUCGUCAAGUCGCUGCGCUCUGGCGGCUUGCCCAGCCGCGCCGAGUUCGCUUUUCUGCGCUCGCAGGGCGCCUCGCCGUGUGCUAGCAAGACGUCGGAAGACUUUCUGCGGCCAGACGUCCAGGCUGCGCUGCUAGCCCACCGAGCCUCACGCCUCGUGCGUGCCCUUGAUGCGCUGCGAGCGGCGCCAGCACACGAAGGCACGGCAUACCUCGACGCUGCCCUCUCUGCGCGAGCAUCGCGCGCGGCCGGCAGCGUGCUGAUCGCGCAUGCCUUUGCCGGACGCAUCGCAGCGCUGCGCAGCGGGCAAGCAGGCGACGUCGGAGUGCCGCUGUCGCCGGAGCUGCUCGAUGCGCUGCAGCGCAUGUGCGCCUUCUACACGCUCGAGGUGUGCGUGCUGCGCGAGCUUGGCGACUACACCGAGGACGGCCAUCUCAACGCUCAGCAGGCCGAUGCCAUCCGCGCCGCUGUCGCUGGUCUAGCCAGCGCGAUCCGACAAGACGCCCUGGCGCUCGCCGAAGCAGCCGACAUGGACGACUGGUACCUCGGCUCGCCGCUUGGACACUCCGACGGACGCGCGUACGACCGCAUGAUCGCCUGGAUGCGCCUCGAGCCGCUCAACCAGCAGGGCGACGCCGGCGGGCGCGACGCACGCGGCGUGCUCAAGGGCUUCCGUGAAGGCAUCGGGCGCCUCACGCACGGCGAGGUGGAGCAGUGGAAUGAGGCCGAGGCGGUCAAGCAGACGCAGCUGCGCCGCGAGGCCAAGCUGUAGGUGCUGGAGCUGUGGUAUUGCAUGAGUAUGAGAUGCGAGACAGGC